AUGAACCAUUUUGUGACUCUUCAAGUUUUCGAUGUCCAACUUCAGCCAGCAGAAAUGGAGACCCUGGAUCUGUUGAGGAAUUGUUCAGUGUGCAAAUGGGACCUGCGGAGGAGAGACCCCAGGAUGCUACCUUGCCUUCAUUCCUUCUGUAAGGACUGUCUUCCGGAUUUGAUUCAAGGAUAUAGCUAUAUUCCCACUGAGUAUGAACUGCUAUAUGAAGGUAUCCUUUCCUGCCCUGUGUGCAAACAGACCUGCUUUGCAAGGGAUGUAGUUGAAAAUUUCUUUCUCAAGGACUUUCCCACUGGUAAUUCAGCUAUGGCAAAGAGCUGCUCCACGUGUAAAGCGAAGAGACCUGCUCACAGCCUCUGCACCAGCUGCAAUAAGUGGCUGUGCAGCUCAUGCACAGAGGAGCACAGACAUGACAAAGAAACUGGAGACCGCUUCUUGUCUGUAUCCCUGAAGGACUGCACAGUAACUGAAGAUGAAGCAAGUGAGUUUUCCUUAUUUUGUCCAGUGCACACUCAAGAACCACUCAAGCUGUUCUGUGAGACCUGUGAUACCCUUACGUGCCACAGCUGCCUCCUGACAGAGCAUAAGGAGCACAGGUUCAGACAUCUUGAUGAAGCUUUGCAAAAUCAGAGACUUAUCCUGGAAAAUCUCCUAAUUAAAGUGGAAGAGAAAAAAAAUGGGAUUCAGGUUUCAGCUAAAGAGAUUGAAGACGGGUUGCUUGAAGUAAAGCAUUUAUACAAAAAGGUAGAAAAUCAAAUAAAUAUGGCCAAGAUGGUGCUGAUGAAUGAAAUCAAUAAACGAACAAACAUCCUUCUUGAACAACUUGAAAAAAUCACCAGUGAAAGGAAGCAGAAAUUGGAGCAACAGCUGCAAGGUGUUGUGGUUUUAAGCAGACAGGUAGAACAUGUGCAGAACUUCAUCAGCUGGGCAGUGUGCAGUAAAAACAGCAUACCAUUUCUCUUCAGUAAAGAACUGAUAGUAUUUCAGAUCCAGCGCUUGUUGGAGACAAACUGUGACACAGACACAGGCCCUCCACUGAAGAUCAGAUUUACUUGGGAUCCCUCCUACUGGACUAAACAGCUGGCCAAUUUGGGAGCUUUCACGCUGGAAGGUGGACACAUUUCUCACUCAGAUAUGCUACUCUGUGGAAACGUGCCAGGAUUACAGACCUCCUUGUAUCACGGGCACCGUUCACCAGCAGCACAACUGGAGCCUGCGAAGAGUCAGUCACCUCAGUUUCCUCCUGCAGUUCAGUGUCCUACACCUGUGUGUUGCUCGCACUGCCUCAGCAUACCUCACCCAAACAAAGCUCAGACUCCUUACCAAGACAUAAACCGCUAUCAGAAUUUUCGGCAACCUCCCGAACUGCAUGAGCAGCCCUUUCCUCUUCAGUACAGCAUACAACAACAUGACAAAGAGCAAAGGGGUGCCUCCCAGCCUCUGAAGCUAAUGCAGUCUGGACUGGAACAGCCAUGCUCAGAGCCAGAGAACGUGUCUGGGAGGAUGAGAAAGCCCUUACCAUCCCAGCAGCUGCAGCAGGCUGCACCCCUGGGCUAUGCUGUUGUAUCGCAUGAGGCUCAGCAAGUUCAUACGAGCCAUCCACAGCCAUUCCGCACACAGACUACUUUGCAGACAUCAACUGUGCAAGUGCAACUUGGCCAUCUCCAGAAGAUGAAAUCUAACCCCUUGCAGCAGCCACCACAGCAGCAGCAGCUGCCACCAGCAUCGCCACCAUCAGGUCAGAAUGAGAACACCCACAAACAAGUCAUCCAGCAGAGCCUGGACAUAAUGCACCACCAGUUUGAAUUGGAGGAGAUGAAAAAGGAUCUGGAGCUUCUUCUGCAGGCCCAAGGACAGUCCAGCUUGCAGCUGAACCAAGCCAAGCCACCUCAGCAUGUUCAACAGACCAUAGUUGGUCAAAUCAACUACAUAGUGAGGCAGCCAGCCCCAGUUCAGCAACAAAUCCAAGAUGAAGCACAAGUCUGUGAGAGUUCUACUGAACUUGAUGCCCAGAAGACUGUAAUUCCUCUUGACAAAAGUGAUAGUCCCUCCCUGUCACAGUCACUAGAUGAAGAAGCCAGUGUCAGCAGUCGCUCCCCUGAGAACACAUUGCAACAAACACCUAUCCAUCCAGUGAGAAAGCGUUCAGCAUCCUUAAGCAUUGUGGGCUUUUCAAACAGUCUAGAAAUGGAGUUACCUUCAACAAGGCUAUCUAGCUUGGCUGAGCCACAGACUCAAGGUGCAGCCGCUGUAACACUUGUCCCAUCCCCGAAGUCCCUUUGUGACUGUGAUGCUCCGCCAGAGUUGGUGCCCAGCUACAGCUUGGCGUUGGGCAGAGCACCAAGUGACCCGAGUCCUGGGGCUGCCGCUGGCCUCACACCAGGAGAUGCCCUCCAGGGCAGCACUAACUGCAAGCUGGAAAAUGAAGACUUCAAUACUGUAGAUCAUCCUCUAGAAAACAGCUUGGCUACUGCUGGACAAGAUGUAGUUAAUGAAUUAACUCUUUCUAUGCAAAAAGUGCUAGAAGAACCUAUUAAUCUUUCGAUCAAAAAAUCUCAGCAUUGCACUUCUGAACUGCUCAGCAACACUUCUUUCCUGCCCAUGAAUGCCAGAAUGACACAACUUAGAAGCAAAGAAGUUCCAGGUUCCAAUAACUGUGAAAAGGAACAUUUUGAAAUGGAUAUGAAAAGCAAUCAGAAUGUUAGAGCUGUCCCUAAGGAGCAGAAGAUCCCCUAUGUGCGACUGGAACGUCUAAAAAUAUGUAGAUCAGAAGUGGGGGAGCUCCCAGUGUUUAAGCUCCAGCCACAGGACAAUGAGCAGGAGGGCAACUUCCUCCUGAUAAUUGAAUGUGGGACCCAGUCUUCAAGUAUGUCUAUAAAGAUAAAUAAAGAUAGACCAACUGAAGGAGUGAAAGCCAAAGAGGAGAACUCGGAGGACAAAAAAUUUCUCAUGUCCCAGGCUGCAGGACAGACACACUCUCCUCCUGUAGAUCCUCCUGCUGUUGAUCAGAAGCUCAGCAAUGGCAUCUCUAUCGUGAAAAAAUCUCCAGUUCCUCAGGACGUCAAUCCAAUAGAAAACGAGGAUUUCUGUGCUGUGUGUCUUAAUGGAGGAGAACUGUUGUGCUGUGAUCACUGCCCCAAGGUCUUCCAUCUCUCCUGCCAUGUUCCAGCCCUGCUCAGCUUUCCAGUGGGAGAAUGGGUGUGCACGCUUUGCCGUAAUCCAGUGAAGCCAGAGAUAGAAUAUGACUGUGAAAACACACGCUACAGUCACAACUGUAAUGCACAAUAUGGCCUUGAUGACUACGACCAGAAGAAGUGUGAAAAGCUGGUGCUUUCCCUGUUCUGCAGCAGUAUGAGCCUCCCAUUCCAUGAACCUGUUAGCCCCCUGGCUCGGCAUUAUUAUCAGAUCAUCAAAAGGCCAAUGGAUUUGUCAAUCAUACGAAACAAGCUGCAAAAAAAGAACAAGUCCCACUAUUCUUCCCCAGACGAACUUGUGACUGAUGUGCGUCUCAUGUUUUGGAACUGUGCAAAGUUCAAUUAUCCAGAUUCAGAGGUUGCUGAGGCUGGACGGUGCCUAGCUGUAUUCUUUGAGGGCAAGCUGAAGGAAGUUUAUCCAGAUAGACAUUUCCCUUCAAUGGAACAAGACGACUCCGAUUCUGAAGAAGUGGAGGGUCAGAAUAGCAAAACGUUGCCCCAGGAUUUUCAGUGGCCAUCAUACGGACAGGACUGCAUUCAGCCUAAAAGGAGACGGCGCCAUGCUGAAAGUGAAAAAACUAAAAGAAUGAUGUUUCAGCCAGCUAACAGUCUUCCUCAGGUAUGACCGCCUCAAGAUACGAGAUUUGCUAUGAGGAAUCCAGCAGCAUAACUGACAGAGUUAAGGUGUGUGGGAGGAAAGCAAAGCACUUGGGCUGUUUUUUUUUAAACUCUCCUAUCUGCUGACCAUAUGCCUUAUUUCUAGAUCUUCUGGAUAGAUAACAGAUCCAAAGUGUUAGAUUCUGUCAAUAUUCAAUCUGUUAAAUCAUGUAUAUGUUUUGCAGUGUUUACACUGAAGUGCUAAUGUUUUGGUGGUAGGUAACGAAGAUUAAUAAAAGUAAUAUGUUAAUAAUAUCUAAUACCGCAGUACCAUUUUAUAAUCUGUUCAACACGAUAUCUCUCUUUUAUAGAGCACAGGUAGCCAUGUAAUAAUCUUGCAACCUCAGUGUGAAUGUUGGCCAUGCUUUAUGAUGAAUACAAUGUGUAGUCAUAAAAUCGUAAUCCUGUUGGUUUAUUCAGUGACUUUUUGGGGGAGCUUGACUGCUCAACGCCUAUGAAAUACAGCCUGAUUAUCUGAUUAGCUGUUUCUUUUGAAGCACAGAUUUUUUUUUAUUAAAUCACAAAAGAACAAGUGCUAAUACUAAGGCUCUGUGUGAACUGUUUCUCAGUGCAUACUAGAUGCUCUGUUUGCAAGGAAUGAUUCUUUUGGUAUCUAAUUCAUGCUUGGUAAAGCAGCGUGGGAUUUCUUGGGUCUCAAAGGUAGCAUUUUUAUACAGCCCAAACCAGUUGUUUUUCUUUAAAGCAGAUACUGAAAUUUGGUAAAUUAACUAUGAAGCAGAUUACAUGGUUAUAGAAGUGCCUAUAAAAUAACAUCAUAUAUUCCUGAUUUUCUCUUUGCUUAUUUCUUGUAGUUGUGAUUACCAACGGUGCUAGAAGAUGAUGAUAAUGUGUAUAUGUAGAAGCUCAAACAGAAUGAAAGGAUGUCUAAGCUUUUUUAUUAUUAUUAUUUUGGCUAAAUUCCACAAUGUCUUGGCAGAACACCUACAAGGACUGGAAGAGCAGUUUUAGAGUUCAGUUGAACAAAGGGUGGCAUGUAACUGUAAAGCCUGAGGGGUGGGAUAGGUAACAAGACAUGACACUUGAUCAGGGAGUGAUGGUUUGCAAGCUUCUUCCCACUUCUUCCAGAAGCAGGUGAGCCAGAUCUUUGAGUGGCCAAUGCUUACUUCAUGUGUGUGAGGGGCAUCUUCCUCCUUAGAGCUCUGCCCAGCAGCAUAAAGCUGGGCUGUGGUCUGGCUCUGGAAGAGUAGGGUUGUUGCAGUUCUCAAACACAGAUAAAGUUCAUUUUAAUUAGGUUCCUGUAAAUAACGGUGAUAUUUUCAGCAUAGAUUAUAUGGGCUAUUUGGUCUGGUAACCAUGUAUGUUAUUUUAGAUAACACUUUAAAGGUUUAUAUACGAAAUAAUAAGACAUGAAUGUAAUAUUCUACCUAUGUGACUUACCGUUUGCCACUAACUUGGUAGUCAGCUAUUGUUUUAUUUUCCUUGAAGAAAUGAAAAUCUGGAUAUUAUGAGCUGACUGGAAAACUGUGAGAUGAAGGGACAGCCUUUACAUUUUCUGUAUGUGAAUUUCUGUGUGUUUGCUUUCUGUCAAACUCCUGUUCUCAAAACAAUGUCUUGGCACAGGGAAAUUAAUGCAGGUUUGUAACUGAAUUAAUCACCCUUAUCUGUGCUACAGGUAUCAUCUUUUCUCAGUUGGUAAUUAAUUCCUCCACCAAAGACCUAUCUUUUACCAUUAAUAGCACAAAACCUGUGUGCUGUAUAGCUUUCAUCUAGGGGCAAAGGUAGAAAUGGGAGAGACUACUGAUGAUUUCCUCUUUUCCUGGAAAAGCAGAGCCAACAAGAGCCUUCUAUUUCUUAAAGGCUGUAAGUUUGUCAACUAUACCAUUAGUUUUGGAGAACACCUCUUUUAAUAAAAUUUACUCAGGGCAUAUUAUACCUUUAUUAAAAGUAGAAGUGUACCAGUUUGUCAUCAUAUAUGAUACCCUUUGGAUGUGUGCUGGCAGGAAUUGAAGGUCUGAGCACUCUUAAGGCUAACUUUUUUAUUAUUUCUCUAAGACAUAGUAAGAGUUAAAAAAAAUACUCGUAAACUUUAUGUCACGUUGGUAAGCAGAACAAAACCUGAAUCUCAUAUGUAUGACUUCACAUGCUUUCAAACACAAAUCUGUGUGUCAGCAACUUCACAGUACAUUGCAUGUCAUAAGAACAACAUUAUCCAUCUUGGAUGUUGCCUUAAAAUUGUUGGCUUGUGAUGCUCCUGCUGCUGGACACCACAGCACCAGGGCCUGAAAUACUUGGGGUGUUUACUCUCUUGAAGCCCAACGGCACACUGGCAAUGGCACUGACAGGUAUGAAAGGAAGGGUCUCUCUUCUACAAUCUGAUAGCCCAUGUAGCCCAAAAGAGAACUGAUAGGUUUUGUAGUUGCUUUUAUCAUACAGCCUGUUUCACAAUCUAGAAUGUGUAGAAAAGAAAGCAAGGAGGAACCCCUGAAGUUUUCCACUGGAAGUAACUAUAGCAGAAACAAAUGCCAGGAACACGGUGGAAAACCCUGCAAAUGCACUAGGCUCCUGCAAAUGCAACCAAGGGCACAAUUUUCCUUGUCUUUAGUAAUGGGUUACAUGUAGAGUGGGAAAAUCCUCUUUGUGCUUAAGCAGUUGCAGAAGAGCUUAAUUACACUUCAGUAAUAGGUUUGUUGAAGAAGAAAUGACAGCUAUAAAUUUGACUUUCAUUCCCCUACAGACAAUUUCAAAGACAUACUACUUUCAGUAUCGUUAGAUCAGAAUGGUGUUAGAGUUAACACAAACAGGUGUUUAACAAUUCACAUUAUUCAAUGACUGCAUGUUUAUAUGUGUAAUGUGCUUUGC